AUGUUUUGGAUUCGUCAGGCAAUAGCAGCGUUCAUGACGACAUUUGUAGGCACUUUCAAUUUCGCGACAUUUGUUCCGAUCCUGACAGUGUCACCAAUCAAGAGUUUGAUCAUUCCUUUUUCGCUCGCGGUAAUGUACGUGACCACCAUGGUGUUAGCCUCUAGCAAGAUUGGGUUUCCAAUUCCAUUUACUCAACAACUUGGAAGCAUAGUAAUCGCAACCUACAUUCCAGUAGUUUUCGUGCUUGCGUUUGGAAAGUCUGUGUUUACCAAGAAAUCUAAGUGCCGGCCUUACCUUUUGCGAUUUCAGCGAAACCAGUACGCUUACUUUGCUCUUAUUA